UUCCCGAGGGGCGCGUCCGCCGGGGCUCCGCGGGAGGGGACUACUUUCCAGCCCCUCCGCGGAGGGACUACUUCUCCCCGGCGGAGGCGUCGGCCGCGGGCGGCGCGCACGGCAUGGCGGAGGCGCGCGCCUGAGCGGAGGGACGCCGGCCCAGUCAGGCCUCGGCGCGGCCUACACGCUUCGCUCGCUCGCUUCCGCCCCGCGCCCGGCCAUGGCGGAGUCCUCGCCCGCCCGACGCCCGGUGCCUCUCAUCGAGUCGGAGCUGUACUUCCUCAUCGCCCGGUACCUAUCGGCCGGCCCGUGUCGCCGAGCAGCCCAGGUGCUGGUGCAGGAGCUGGAGCAGUACCAGCUGUUGCCGAAGAGGUUGGACUGGGAAGGCAACGAGCACAGCAGGAGCUACGAGGAAUUGGUCUUGUCCAAUAAACAUGUGGCUCCUGAUCAUCUGUUGCAAAUCUGCCAGCGCAUCGGUCCUAUGUUGGAUAAAGAAAUCCCGCCCAGUAUUUCAAGAGUCACUUCUUUACUUGGUGCAGGAAGGCAGUCUUUGCUACGUACAGCAAAAGACUGCAGGCACACAGUCUGGAAGGGCUCUGCCUUUGCUGCUCUUCACAGAGGAAGGCCUCCCGAAAUGCCGGUGCAUUAUGGUUCCCCGCCAAAUCUUGUGGAGAUCCAUCGAGGAAAACAACUCACAGGGUGCUCCACUUUUAGCACAGCAUUUCCAGGAACUCUGUAUCAGCAUAUAAAAAUGCACAGGAGGAUUCUUGGACAUCUGUCUGCUGUUUACUGUGUAGCAUUUGAUAGGACAGGACAUAGAAUCUUUACAGGUUCAGAUGACUGUUUGGUAAAGAUUUGGUCAACACAUAAUGGCCGUCUGCUGUCCACAUUAAGAGGUCAUUCUGCAGAAAUUUCAGAUAUGGCCGUAAACUAUGAGAACACCAUGAUUGCUGCAGGGAGCUGUGAUAAGAUCAUUCGAGUGUGGUGCUUGAGGACCUGUGCCCCAGUGGCUGUGCUGCAAGGACACACGGGAUCAAUCACGUCUUUACAGUUUAGCCCUAUGGCCAAAGGCUCCCAAAGAUACAUGGUUUCCACUGGUGCUGAUGGAACAGUUUGUUUUUGGCAGUGGGAUUUAGAAUCCCUAAAAUUCAAUCCACGUCCCUUGAAGUUCACUGAAAAGCCUAGGCCAGGUGUUCAAAUGCUUUGUUCUUCUUUUAGUGUUGGUGGUAUGUUUUUGGCUACAGGUAGUACUGAUCAUGUUAUCAGAAUGUAUUUUUUGGGUUUUGAAGCACCUGAAAAAAUCGCAGAACUUGAAAGCCAUACUGAUAAAGUGGAUAGUAUACAAUUUUGUAAUAAUGGUGACCGCUUCCUGAGUGGUAGCAGAGAUGGAACAGCACGGAUUUGGAGAUUUGAGCAGUUAGAGUGGAGAAGCAUUUUGUUGGAUAUGGCUACCAGAAUUUCAGGGGACCUUUCUUCAGAAGAGGAAAGAUUUAUGAAACCUAAAGUAACAAUGAUAGCUUGGAAUCAAGAUGACAGCAUUGUUGUCACAGCUGUGAACGAUCAUGUCCUGAAAGUAUGGGACUCUUAUACUGGACAGCUGCUUCAUAACUUACUGGGACAUGCUGAUGAAGUAUUUGUUUUGGAGACCCAUCCCUUUGAUUCCAGAAUUAUGUUAUCUGCAGGACACGAUGGCAGCAUAUUUAUAUGGGACAUAGCUAAAGGUGUCAAGAUGAAACAUUAUUUUAAUAUGAUCGAAGGGCAAGGACAUGGAGCUGUAUUUGACUGUAAGUUUUCACAGGAUGGACAGCAUUUUGCCUGUACAGAUUCUCAUGGGCACCUUCUGAUAUUUGGUUUUGGAUGCAGCAAACCAUAUGAAAAGAUUCCAGAUCAGAUGUUCUUCCAUACUGACUACCGACCACUGAUUAGAGAUUCUAAUAAUUAUGUCUUGGAUGAGCAAACUCAGCAGGCUCCUCACCUUAUGCCUCCACCAUUCUUGGUAGAUGUAGAUGGAAAUCCUCAUCCAACUAAGUAUCAAAGAUUAGUACCAGGUCGAGAAAAUUCUGCAGAUGAACAUUUGGUUCCACAGCUAGGAUACGUAGCCACAAGUGAUGGAGAGGUAAUUGAACAAAUUAUUAGCCUAGAAGCCCAUGAGAAUGGUGAAGGAAGCCCAGAGCCCAGCCUUCUUGAUGGAGUGAUACGGCAGUUGCAGCAGCAGCAAGAUCAGAGGUUGGGAGUGGCUCAGGCUCCUGCUCCAAGUGGACUUCCCAAUGGGGAAGGAACUCCUCGAAGAGGAUUUAGAAGACAAAGUUUAGAGAUCCAGUCUCCUCCAAAUAUUGGUCUGCGUCGUAGUGGGCAAGUUGAAGGUGUUCGUCAAAUGCAUCAGAAUGCUCCACGGAGUCAGAUUGCUACAGAACGUGAUCUCCAGGCUUGGAAACGUAGAGUGGUUGUGCCUGAGGUACCACUAGGCAUAUUUAGGAAGUUGGAAGACUUUCGGAUGGAGAAAGGUGAGGCAGAAAGAAAUCUCUAUAUACAAGGAAGGAAAAGAAAGACUCUUCAGCUCUCACAAAAGUCAGAAUCAUUGGUUUCAGUGUCACAGUCUAGACAGAGGACAUGUAGGCGUAAAUAUCCUACUAAUUAUGGUAGAAGAAAUGCUGGCCGGCGUGAGUUCUCUUCUGGAAAUGAAUCCUCAAGCUCUGUAAGACAUGAGACUUCCUGUGAUCAGAGUGAAGGUUCUUGUUCUUCAGACGAUGACGAAUGGAAAAGUGAUAGAAAAAGUGAAAGUUACAGUGAAAGUUCAAGUGACUCUUCAUCUAGAUACUCAGAUUGGACAGCAGAUGCAGGAAUUAAUUUGCAACCUCCUUUAAGAAUGUCAUGUCGUAGACGAAUCACUCGAUUUUGUAGUAGUUCAGAGGAUGAACUGUCUACUGAGAAUUUAUCUCCCCCAAAGAGAAGACGGAAGAGAAAGAAAGAAAGUAAGCCUAGAAAUGAGCGUUUGGGGAGGAUGACUCCCGCAGAGCUUGCAGACUUGGAGCAUCUGUAUGAAUUCCAUCCUCCUGUGUGGAUAACGGACACCACACUGCGCAAGUCUCCCUUUGUUCCUCAGAUGGGUGAUGAGGUAAUCUAUUUUCGCCAGGGUCAUGAAGCUUAUAUUGAAGCUGUCAGAAGAAAUAACAUUUAUGAAUUAAACCCUAGCAAAGAGCCAUGGAGGAAAAUUGAUCUUAGGGAUCAAGAAUUGGUCAAAAUAGUUGGGAUCCGAUACGAGGUUGGGCCGCCUACACUCUGUUGCCUCAAACUAGCGUUCCUCGACCCGGCUAGUGGAAGACUUACUGAUAAAUCCUUCUCCAUUAGAUAUCAUGACAUGCCAGAUGUUAUUGACUUUCUUGUAUUGCGUCAGUUUUACGAUGAAGCAAGACAGAGGAAUUGGCAGUCUUGUGACAGAUUUCGGUCUAUCAUUGAUGACGCUUGGUGGUUUGGGACAGUGCUGAGUCAAGAACCAUAUCAGCCACAGUAUCCAGAUAGUCAUUUCCAGUGUUACGUUGUGAGGUGGGACAAUACUGAAAUUGAAAAACUGAGCCCAUGGGACAUGGAACCAAUUCCUGAAAAUGUUGAUCCACCUGAAGAAUUAGGAGCAAGUGUUUCUGUCACAUCAGAUGAGCUAGAGAAAUUGCUCUACAAGCCACAGGAAGGUGAAUGGGGUCAGAAAUCACGUGAUGAAGAAUGUGACCGGAUUAUCAGUGGUAUAGAUCAACUAUUGAAUCUUGAUGCAGCAGCAGCAUUUGCAGGCCCAGUCGAUCUCUCUACAUAUCCAAAGUAUUGCACUGUGGUGGCUUAUCCAACUGAUCUGUACACCAUUCGAACGAGGCUCAGCAAUCGGUUUUACAGGAGGCUGUCUGCAUUAAUUUGGGAAGUCCGAUACAUAGAACAUAAUGCCCGAACAUUUAAUGAACCGGAAAGUGUAAUUGCAAGAUCAGCUAAAAAGAUAACUGACCAGCUUUUAAAAUUUAUUAAGAACCAAGACUGUACAAAUAUCUCAGAACUGUCUAACACAUCUGAAAAUGAUGAGCAAAAUGCUGAUGAUUUGGAUGAUAGUGAUCUUCCUAAAACAUCUUCUGGGAAAAGGAGAGUCCAUGACUGGAAAAAAAGGAGCAGCAAAGCUACCAACUAUAUUGAAAGCAGCUGGGAGAAACAGUGUAAGGAGCUAGUGAACUUAAUUUUUCAGUGUGAAGAUUCUGAGCCAUUUAGACAACCUGUUGAUUUGGUUGAAUAUCCAGACUACCGAGAUAUUAUAGACACUCCAAUGGAUUUUGGCACAGUAAGGGAAACUCUAGAAGCAGGAAAUUAUGACAACCCUUCGGAGUUUUGUAAAGACGUUCGGUUGGUAUUUAGCAAUGCAAAGGCAUAUACACCAAACAAGAGAUCAAAGAUCUAUAGUAUGACCUUGCGAUUGUCUGCCUUAUUUGAGGAAAAAAUGAAGAAGAUCUCCUCUGAUUUUAAAAUCGGUCAAAAAUUCAAUGAAAAACUUCGACGAAGCCAGAGAUUCAAGAAAAGCCAAAAUUAUAAUGGUGUCAUACAGGCCAAUCAACGUGUCAGAAAUAUCAAGCAGAAGCGGUUAAAAUCUCAGACAAAAGUAAUUCCUGAGUUGGCAGAUUCUCCUCUCCAGUUGACCUCAAGUAGGGCAGCUCAUCCUGGAAGCUGUGAGGCAAGUGCUGGAUUGUCUUCAGGAGCCAUGUCUUCUGGUGACUCUUCCGACUCUGCUGCAUCAUCAGAAGGAAUAAGGAGAAAUAGACCUGUUACCCUAAGAAGUGGCUCUGUGCUCUCUGAAAGUGAAACAGAAGAUUCCUUAGCUACCUCUUCAUCCUCUUCAGCUUCUGAUAGUUCCGAGGAAAGCAAAGUGAGUUCAAGAGCUCAUGAUUCUUUGCGCAGUGGGCUGUCAAGAGGCAGCAGUUUCAGGGUGACCAGAACUAGAGCUGCUCAAAGAAAAACUGGUUCCAUUUCUUUAGAAAAUGGAUGUGGCAGAAAAGCUGCUCGAAAGAGAGUCUAUUCAAGUGAUUCUGAUAACAAUUCACUACAGACUGGUGAAAUUCUAAAAGCCAAAGCUGGAAGUAACCGUAAAGUCCUGCGCAAGUGUGCUGCUGUGGCUGCCAGUAAGCUAAAGCUAAUGAGUGAUGUAGAAGAAAAUUCCAGCUCUGACGAGUCCUGCUCUGGACGGAAGCUUCCUCAUCGCAAUGCUUCUGCAGUAGCUCGGAAGAAGUUGCUAUACAAUUCUGAAGAUGAUCAGAGUCUAAAGUCAGAAAUUGAAGAAGAUCGAAAAGAUGAAAACAAGCCAUUGCUGGUGUCCAGUUGUCAUGCUCCCCACAAUACUGUCAGUGAAUCUGAAAACGGAGAUUCAGAGUCAGAAAGCGAUUUACGGGUAGCCCGGAAGAAUUGGCAGGCUAAUGGCUUUAAGUCCUAUACUCAGGCAACUUGUAAAACAAAAUUUCCUGAAAUAGAGUCUUCUGAGGAAGAGUCUAGAAGUCAUGAUUCAGACAGUGGACACAACAGAAUUGCUCGUCCUUCAACAUCUGAGCAGAAAACUCAGACAGAGUGUCUCUCAGAGGAAGCUGAAUCUGAGCCAGGAGACAGUGUGUUUCGCAAGAAUGUGAAUAUCUUUAAGAAGGCAAAAAUCUUGAGUGAUUCAGAAGACUCAGAAGAACAACAUAGAGAAGAUGCUAGAUGUCACAAACUGGAAAUGAGCCCAGUUUCAGGGAACUUGAAGUGUGAGUCUGCUGCAGUGCCUCAGUCUUUCUUGGAUCAUGUAUCUGAAACUGAUGUAGAAUCAGAUGACAGCAAAACAAAAGGAAAACCACAUAGUUUUAAGAAAGAUUUGACACCACAAGAUGAUGAACAAAGCAGAAAGGUUUCCAGGAAAAGAUUCUGCCCCAGGGGCUCAGAGAGCAGUUCAAAGGCAACUAAGAAAUCCUCAAAAGCCAAGACAGGUUCUCUAAGGAUUACGCGAAGCAGCUCCACUGUGGCUGCCAGCAAGGGGCAACUUGUGAGCAGCACAGACGGUGCUGGUCUAGAAAAUGUGUAUCCUAGAAGGACAAGGAAAAAGCCCCUACGUUUUGCUUGUACCACAGCUAAGAAGGCACUGAGUGAGGAUGAGAAUGCUGUGGACUGUGAAGUGCCCAGUGAACAGUCUGCAUGUGGUGGUCAGCCCCCAGAGCCUGACUCUGAAGGCAGCACAAAGAGUGUUGGACACACCGUAGAUGGAGACUCGGAUUCUGAAGGUGUUCCAGAUUCAGUGCCUAAAAGCAGGCAUGACCGUUCUCACAACACAAUUGUACAUUGUAAAACAAAAGGUUCUUCUGUUGGGUUUUCAGAAGCAGACUCCAAAAGCCAUGCUUCAGGGAGUGAGGGUAGUAGCUUUCCUUCUGAGUCAACAAAAGCUCCUGUAGAGAAUAACUUCGAAGAAGAACUGAACUAUGGGCUCCGCAGGUGGAAUGGCAGAAGACUCAGAACCUAUGGAAAGGCUCCUUUCAGAAAGAGGACUGCGGUCCACAAUCCACAGACAGCGGCAGUAGGGGAAGUCAAAAGGAAAAGAUUGCAUUCUGAGUUAGAAGAUGUGAACGUGUCUGAACGAACUGGGAGUUCAAAGUGCAGACCCAACACCAGCCCCACGUCAUCCGACGCGGAUUCCAUUGUUGACUCAGAGGUUGAUUGCACCGAUAACACAAAAACCAAAAGGAGGAAAACAAAAGGAAAAGCAAAAGUAGUUAGAAAAGGUAAAGGUUUUACAAGUAACACAUCUAAAACUGUGAGACGGCAGAGACAAAGCAAACGUCCUAGGCUGAGUGUGGAUGAUGACGACUGGGAGGAGUUGGAUUGUGCAAAGUCUAAGAGAGUUCUUCGUCGCUCAAAAAUAAAAACGAGAAAUCAGGGUAGACGGACCGUGAGGUACCACGAUGGGGAUGAUGACAGAAGCUUAGAGAAUGUGCUAGAGCUGAAGGAGUGCACCUCAUGACCUUGAGGGAGCCAGGUCACUUAAGAGGAGACGGACUGGAGAGUAUGGCGAAAGCUGGCUGAUAAUAACAUUAGUUUGUCUUACAAUUCAGGGAAUAUAUUUAUAUUUUUCUAUGAAAAGUUAUGAAUGUGACUAAAUCAUGACUGUUAUUUUUAUUUGCACUUGCUGGUUUUUGUAGCAGCGUUCAGUACAGGUGCCAAAAUAUGCUUCGUUUUGGGGGCAGAUCUACUUUGACAGUAUUUGACUACAUAUAGGAAGAGUUAAACACUAGAGACCAGAGAGCAUUACGUCCUGGUAGCAAGUGUCCUGCAGUGUUUUUUUGUUUUUUUUUUCCUGAGUUACUGCAGAGCUGGUAGCUUCUAACCCCCAUCCUAUACAGUAGGUGAACAAUUUCAUGUGACCUAUGUUUACAAAUUCUUCAUACAUGUGUGUAUACUGACGUAAUAAUCAUGGAAGUGCAGCCAUGAUUAGCAGGCCAGGUACCUACCACUUUUCCCCCUUUCCUUGUCUACUUGAGUAGAAUGCAUUAUACUAGAUUUGGUCAUUUUCAUUGAAGUGGUUUCUAAGUUUCUUUCCAAAUGCUGUUGGCUCUUUUUGUUUUAUAAGGGACAUGUGAUCACUUUUAUUUUAUAAACUUGAAUUUAUAAAUGCUGGUAAAUUAUUGUAAUGUUUUGAGUGCAUAUUUUAAACUCUAAGGCCAGGGGAUAGUCAGCAUUUUCUUUUAGAUUGUAGACUAACAAAAUGUUACAUAAUUUUUCUUUUGUCAAAGAUCUCCUAGUUUUCCAUUGUAAGGGGUUUAACCAAAAUCUUGCUCUUCCAUAAUUUUACUCUGAAAUAGAGGAGUUUGUGUGCCUUAGGUUUAGAGGAAGUAUGUUCUUUAAUAGAGUGUACAGGGCUAAAAUUAUUUAAGUUAUAUGUAGAUUUCUCCCUUUGUAUUAAAAUUGUAGAGAGGAAUUUUGUUAAAGAGUGCAAUUGCAAAUCUUACCUAGAUAGGAGAAUAGUUAAAUGUCUUUUCUUCAUCUCUUUGAGCUUCAUUGCUGCCAGGUGCAAUUCUAAGCAACCUUUGCUUUAGGUGACAAAAUGCGUUUUUAUUUAUGCUAUCUCAUCCAAAUAAGUAAGACACUCUCAUCCAUUUGAAGUGAAACUUUAUCACAUCAUCCCAUGUACCAUAGUACACUUAUUUUUGAGCCAAACAUUUUCACUUGAUGGGCUUUUCAACUCUAAACAGUAUAGGUGGCCAUUCCUAACAUUUGUCCCUGAAUGGUUUACAUAUUUGGUAGAUAAGAACAUCUAUACCUUUAAGUUAUUUGUUGGACUUAGUUGUGUUUGGUUUUAAGCAGAAUUAACCCUUUCUCCUGUGUUUCCUUGAGGUGGCAGACAAGCAGAAUCACUUGACUGUGGUGUCAGUGUUAGAGAGUGUUUUUAAGCAUCCUUCAUAGUAGUUAUCUGUUCCACUUGACAUAAUAGCAGGGACUUAGUCUUUCUGUGCCAAUGCAAGGGAAGUGGGCAGGUAUUUGGACAUUGCCAACAGAGAUAGGCUAAGUACUUGCCUCUCAUCUAGUGGUUUAGAGAUACUCUGUCCCACCACAAAGUUAAAGCUCUGAUGCUUUUCUUCUUUGAGCUCCUGUUAAGUAUCUAGUAGACAGACUGAUUCAGGACAGUUGUCUUCGUUGACCUAAAAAAUACAUAGGAUGCCUUCUAUAUCCCUAAUUUUAAGAACUAAUAUAGUUUAGUUAUCAGAGCCAUUAAUUUAUUUAAGGUCUUCUUAAGUUCUCUCUGAUUAUAUCUGUUCUCAGGGUUAUAACUCCAUGUUUACCAUCAUCUACAAAAAGUACCAAAAACCCAUUAGAAAAUACAAAGUACACUCAUCCGUUAGUAUGUAAAUUCUUUUAUAAAACCUUGGACAAUUUGGGCUUUAUGGGAGAACUGUUCAGUCUUUGUAUGGAGUUAGCUGGUUGGCUGCUCAAUCAGUUACUGAUUUUUCUUUUUGUCCAAAAUGGUUAGACCUUUGUGUAUAGAAGCAGCGUUUUGGUUUCAUCAGAAAGCAAGAAUGGGUCUGGUGACUUUAAAAGUGUGGUUGGCCAUGAUGGCCUCUCAACUUGAGAAGUAAAGUUAAAUGCGUAUGGAGAAAAGCAUUUUAUGUUUUUUGUGUUGUUUUGUUAUGGUGCUAUUCCUGAAGUUUGAAGAUGUGACACACUCCUAAAUACCAUUAAGGACAAUUAAUAAAUACUAGUUGAAAUGUUUACAUUGAGCACUAGCACAUGUUUGACUUCUUUCUACUGACUUGAGUUAAGCAGGGACUUCGUGCACAAAUGCACUUUAAUGUUUAGGAUCAGUGUGGGCUCUUCUUGAGAAAAAGACAAAGGGUUAACAAAGUGAAUGUGAGCUGGUCCAGAAAUAAGUGCUAUUGCUUUCUGUUGCACUUGAAGUCAUUUAAUGGUGUUUAUGAAAAAUGACUUUAUUUUCCAUUCUGGCUGUAUGUCCAAAAUCUAUGAUUUUAUUCAGUUAUGUCUUUCUUUAAAAAAAAGGUUUUGAAGUAUUCAGAUGUGAUGUUUACUUCCUUUGAAAGAUUAAUUUUACCAAGCGUAUUAAGAAAAAGAGAUUUUGAACAUUUAAAAGAUGAGGUUUGAAAAGUAUCUUUUACCCCACCUCCUAUUUAUUUAACAGAGUGUUCUAACAAUGUGUAGUGACUUCUGUAUGAAUAAAAGGAACAUUUGUCCCAUUUUCAGAUAA